AUGAAAGAUUACAAAGAUUACAUGCACCUUGUAUGUCCAUACUCGUGCGGCCUCUGUAACGGUAAAAUAAACUUUUAUACCUUUACAUACUACUUGCUCACAUUGUUGAUGCUAAGCCGUGAUAUUUCUAAUAGCCUGCUUGCACUCCACUAAAUUUCUCUUUAAAAACCUCUCGGGUUACUUAUCCCGCGUUUUCAAAACAAGGCGAUUAAACGAGAUGGGAUUAGGGAGAGACACAGAAAGAGGGACCUCUGGCGCUUGUGUAAUUUAUAACAAACUUAGAGGCAGAUCCAGAAAAUUCAGAGAGGCGUCGCCAGGACACUUGCCAACUAUAUAGAUACUAUUUUUUGUACUCAGAAUUCCUAGUAAAAGAAAAUAUUACAGAAAAGGUAAGGACGCUGUCUCUCGACCCUACCCUUAAAUCGGCCCAUGAAACUCUCCGUCAACCCGGCAAGGAAUGUUAAUAAACACAGUGACAGUGGAUGAAACAAGACUUGUUUCCCAAAUAAUAAAUAUCAACCCCCUUAUUACCUAUCAGCCCAUAAUUGGUUGGGACAGAGAGGGAAUCUUAGGGCCUUGAUGUCUACCUCCCCUACUCUAGGCCUUCCUGCCUAAUAUUAUCGAACUUCUCGUUAAAAGAUGAACGGAACACCGUUAUGGACCUUAGCUUGUUAAUGAAUGAAGGACCAAAAAAAUACUAGAUUGGGAAAAAAGCGUCUUAGAGAAGUAGAAUUGAGUUCAGUUAUCACGUGACCGCCAUAAAUGACCAUCAUUAAAUCCCGCGCGGGCGCCACCCCCUCUUCUGAGCCCAAUCCCUCUCGUCCCUAUUUCGUUCCUGUGGGCAUACGGCAAGACGGAUUAUUUGAUGGAAAGAAAUUGGCUUGGAGAGAAACAGGUUGCAAGCAGUCUAUGCUUCUAAGACAUAAUGGACUAAGUAUAACUCUUUCAUUGCUAACAAAAACUGACAAUAUCACUGAGUAGCGAAUCCUCAAUAACAGAAUGAUUUGUAUUAAUUAGUGUAAUGUAGCACUCUGAGAAUCCAUCCAUGCCAUCACUAGUUAAAGUCGCUCUCUCGGUGUAAAAGGUUUCAUUUGUGUGAACACACCACAGAUUUUUAUUUCCAGACUCCAAAGACUGAAGUAUUAGCUCGCACAGCCAGAAGCCUUCUGCUAAAGCAUAACAGUACUAUGAACAUACAAUAUAUAUACUAUUACUCAAUAGCUCCCAUGUAUGGAGACAUUAAACGUCGCGAACCAAAACUGAAGUUAAAGCCAUUUCGUAUACAGCUUUGAAUGCCAUCAAUUUACUAUGACAGAACUUCCCCAAUGAGCAUGAUCAAUUGUAUCUUACUUGCAGACAUCUUAGGUGACCUGAGCGCCUCCGGGGAAGCAACGUCCGGUACAGGUUACCAAGGAGAAAGUCAAGACAACGCACACAGAGUAAUACCAGAAGUUGGCGAAGAUUUUGAGGGCAUCACAGAGAAAGAAAAGAGUUCUAAGCACAUCGGUGAGAGAACAGAUCAUAAAGAUGAAAACGAGAGUCUGUCAGGAUCAGGUGAAGAACAGGACGGCCCUAUUUUUCGUGGAACGGCAACCAAAAAAGCAGAGUCUCGAUUUCAUGGUGAGGUCGAACAGCAAGGCGAGUCAGGUGAUCAGCAGCCUAUUUCCGGUUCCGGUAUUAAUCCUACUGGCGCUAAUUUUUGGGCUGUUGUUAGAAUUGAACCUGAGUCAGUCAACGGAGGAAGCAAACGAGAGCACCAACUAAAUCGUAGAUCUGAUACAUUCAUUCCUCAGGAGGCGACAGAAGGCAGUGCGUCCGGUAUGGACACUUCCGGUGAGAUUCCAAGUCGGAAAAACCAGAUUCCAGUUGAAAGUUUCUCAGGCCAGGAUGUAACUUCUGGAGAAAAUAAUGUCAAUCAAAGAGAUCAAGUUGCGACCACAAGUUCCUCCAAGGAGAAUGCCGUUUCUGGCGAAGACGACGCACCGUUCGAGAGUUCCUCCACUGAAUCAGAAUUAGACUCGGGUUGCUCCUCCGGUGAAGGAUGUUUUGAAUCUGAUGGUGUUCAGGAAGAACAGGGCGGGCAAAGUAAUUCACGAUCAGUCAUCGCCAAGCUUGAGGUAGAUGCAAUUGCUUCUGGAAGUGCAAGUAAUUCUGGUGAUUCGUCAGAUGAUGUCUCGCUUCAUCCACAUUUCGAUGUUCUAGCUGGUCCUUAUGAUGAUAAAACGCCUACUUCCGGAGGCGCUCCGUUGAGUUCCGGUUCCGGAAGUGAACUUGGUAAUGUUUUACACAAUAUCGAAGACGCCAUUUUCGAGAAAGGUGAACCUUUAGAGAUUAGCCGCGAUGCUUCUUCCGGUUCUGGACUUUCAAGUGUUGCACAUACUGACAAUCAGAAUGACUUUGCGACAUCUGGUUCAGGGUCUGGUACCGUCGACAAGGAGGAAAAUCAAGAGGUAUUUGUAACUCCGCAAAACCACACUGAGAAGAUCAGCCUUAUGGAAAAGAUGAUGAAGGUGGGAAAGCUGCAAGCGUUUGGGAUCUCUCACGUGGCUAAUGUUGGGGGUACAAGCAGGAACAAAGUACCUAGCCUUGAGUCAGCAGUGCAGUCAGAUUUAGGUAAGCGGAGUACGCUCUACGCGCGCCUGCGUGGGAGGCUAGCUUUUUUGUGGAUGAAGUCUUAUUCCCCAAAAAAGAGAGUGUCUGGCAAAUUGUUUCCAAUCAAAUAUUUGUGAACUCGUGUCUGGCAAACUCCCCGAGUGUUUAUAUCUAAACAGUUAUACGCACCUUACAACUUCAUCUGCGCUUAACGAAUGUCUUUUGAUCCAUAACUUUCAAAACAGCUGCUCCACAGAAUGUAACUUACAACACGUAACGCAAAUGAGUAUCGAAGUAUGGCUGCACAAUAAAUGUCACAAAACCUACCUAAGCGGUCCCUUCGGGAUUUUCUGUUUUACGUCAUGCUAACCAUCUCUCACUUGCGGGCGCGACUAAUAGAAACGUCAUUAUUGCCCAACGAUUCCCCCCUGCCCCUUUUCAAGCAAAUCGAGAUUUUUUCUGGCAUGCUGACUGUAUAUUUCAACUGUAAGUACUUUCCUUAAUAUACGCGCUAGCUACUAGAGUGCCUCCUGCGGGGUCAGCUAAUUUUUUGGUUUAACUUGGCCAAGAGAACUCAACCACUCAAUUCUAAAUAGUCACUGAAUCGUGAACUGAUUAGCAGAAUUCUAAUGGGUGCAUAUUUGAAAUUAGGAAUUUACUUCUGGGAAGUCCUCUGCACCGAGAGAAAAAACAACUUUGUUUCGGGACUGACAAGUAGGAAAGAGGAGCUAAUCUGUCACUGAAAUCUAUUAAAGAUCGAUUUCAUUUAUAUUACAGUGAUAAUGUUGGCACAGUAUAUUUGAUUGAUGUUGACUCUCCAGCCUGCGAUUUGUGCUCUAUCUCCUUGCUUCAUUUGGAACGACCGACUAAUUCAUUUAAUUUCGUAUACAACGUUUAUGAUCCACAGGAAAAGGAGAGAAAGUAUCAAUUAUCUUAAAUCAAGAUUUCCACGAUGGAUAUGCAAAUGAGAAUUCCGCGGCUUAUGAAAUUCUCGCCAACAGUGUCAAAAAAGAGGUAAGAUGCCAAGAGCGACUAGGUAGAUCACUAAGAAACUCAUCACUCAGCGAAAUUAUGCACAGCUAUCACUGAAGUCAAUAUUUUCAACCGUUUAAUGCGCAAGCCUUCAAUAGUAACCUCCUUUCACUGUAGUUCAAAGUAGCGUUUUAUUUGUUAAAACUCAAGCAUACCAUAAAUCCUCUAUUAAGCUCCUCCUCUCUCUAAUAAGUCCUCCUCUUUUCAGGGGAGGAAUGAUAUUACCCCCCUCCUCCUCUCCCCUUUUUUGUUAAGUAAUGAAGUGUAUUAAUCCCGAUCACGACUCCAACACUUCAGGUGGACUGGAUGGUCGGAUUUGUCAGUUUUUGAUCUUCGGCUACAUUGCCUCCACUUUCAUGCUAUGCUUGAGCUUUUCCACUUCGCUUUCUUGAUUGUAUGGAGAAUUGAUGUCAUCAUUUUUGCAUUCACACCAAAGGUUAAACAUGUUUAAAAGCUGUUUCGUUAAACACAGUUUAAAUUUGUUUUCUUCGUAGAAGUAGCUUACUGUACUUUUAUUGAUUGCAAAUUUUGUGCAAUUACAUAAGGUGUUUAAUUUUAUUUGAAUUCUGUGUGGAAGCCUGCGUUCCAGUUUUCGGUUACUUAUUUUCAUUUGGUGAAACCUACAAUUGUAGUUCAUUUCAAAAACAUAUUUAGUUGGUGUGAAUGGGGUAAAUUAAAUAACUUCUCCCCCCCCCUCCAUAACGUGCUUGACGUAAAUAAGCCCCCUCGGGGGCUUAAUAAUAGAGGAUUUAGACCGUAUAUGGCAGUCUGGUGAGAACGGGAAUUUUUUGAAAAAGUCAGUGAUGCCAUAGCUCACGCCUUUUAACAAACAAUUUGUGUUGCCUGUAGCUAACCUUUAAACUUUUUUGGCAGGUUGAAAAAGUUCUAGGAAGUAACGCAGUGGUUUCUGAAAUUUCCUUUUCGUAAGUAUCACUUCGACGUCGAUGAUAACAAAUGUUGUAGCCUGCAAUACAUUGCUUGCUCCUCGCCGUUUGGGACGUUUCGCCAGGCGAGGAGAAACGGCGCUGUAUUUACAGGCUACUAGUGUUGGAACUUCAUUCAGGCAGCCUGCAUGUAUACCAGCUUGAAUAAUGACUGGUACUGAAUAGGCCAUCUGCACGAUGACGUCAUUUGACUACUAAGACCAGAAUCCUUCAGGGUUUUGCUUUGUUGUGUAAAUUAGGGGUCUUGUUAUUUAAACCUCGCUGGGAUUUCCAAAUUUGAAUAUGAACUGAAAAACGAAAAGGAUUCUGGUCAUAGUAGUAAAAUGACGCCAUCAUGCAAAUGGACUGUUCAAAGUAAAAAUGCAACAUUUCAUUCUCCUCUUUAUCAACAGGGAAAUCCGAGAACCAAGACAAUCACCAAGCUUUUCCAAGGUUAUGACGACAUUUAAACUUCUUGGUGACACCAAAAAAUUGGAAAAGGCGGUAAAGAAGGGAACAAUAAACAGUUUGGUCGUGGACAAGAAAUUUUUUCACGCAAGUUGA